AUGGUCGACAACAGCAAACCCCCAAUCGGGCUACGAUGGCGGUCCAACACCAUCUUCAUCCUCGCGACGAUUAGCAUCGGGCUUUUCACAGAUCUUUUCCUUUAUGGCUUGAUCGUGCCCGUCAUGCCCUUUAUCCUGCGAGACCGCGUCGGCGUGCCCCCGGAAUACAUCCAGUCAUAUGUCUCUGGCAUGCUCGCCGCUUUUGCCGGCAGCAGCUUCAUCUUCUCCGUGCCGGCGGGAUGGGUCGCGGACAGGAUGAAUGCGAGACAGGUCCCGUAUCUGGCGGGGUUGGCGGCGCUGUUGGGCGCGACGGUGCUGUUGGCCGUGGGGCGCUCGGUGGCGGUUCUCGUCUUCGCACGGGUCCUGCAGGGUUUGAGUGGCGCGGUGGUUUGGUCGGUCGGGCUGGCGAUGGUGAUGGAGACGGUGGGACCUUCGAACAUGGGGAAAGCUGUUGGGACGAUCUUUCCCUUCAUUUCAGUGGGCGAGCUGGCUGCACCUGUCCUCGGUGGCGUAUUGUACGAAAAGACGGGAUAUACUGGGAUUUUCAUGCUUGCGUCGGCGUUCUUGGCUGUCGACUUUGUCUUGCGGUUGCUCGUGAUUGAGAAGAAAGUCGCGGCGCGCUACGAGGACUCCCAAGAGGAGGCUGUGCGCACUGCAGAAAAUCAGGGUGAGCAUAGAGCUGGAGAGGAAGAAGAGGGCGAUGAGGCAGGCGAGGAGGAUUCACUGUUGCAAAAGGAAACGCAGGAACGAUAUAUCAUUCCUGACGGUCAGAACAGGAUUGUUCGAGCGGCACCCAUUCUCUACUGUCUAUCGGAUCCACGACUGCUGGUGGCAUUUUUCCUCAGCUUUGUGCAGGCUGCCUUGCUGGGGACAUUCGAUGCGACAAUACCUACCGAAGCCGACAAGCUCUUUCACUUCGACUCACUCAAGGUCGGCCUACUCUUCGUACCGGAAAUUCUCCCUUCCCUCGUCCUCGGUCCAGUUGCUGGAUGGUCAGUCGACCGCUAUGGCACCAAGCCGGCAUCGGUUUUGGGCUGCGCUUAUCUCGUCCCGGCACUCGCCCUGCUGCGACUCCCCUCAGAUGGGGUCGUCAAAGACCCACAUCAGGACGUCAUUUUGUACUGUGGGCUGCUAGCGGUGGUGGGCGCCGGCGUGGCGAUUAUUGGGUCGCCGCCACUCGUGGAGGCAGGCCAUGUGGUGCAGAGAUACCACAAGGCGAACCCCGACUUCUUCGGCGAUCAUGGGCCGUAUGCGCAGCUCUACGGUUUCAACUCUUUGGUGUUCUGUGCUGGCUUGACCGUUGGUCCGAUGGUAAGCGGCUCGUUGCGAGACGCAAUCGGGUAUGGGCACAUGAAUGCGGUCCUAGCGGGGCUCCUGCUGGUGACGGCGAUAUUGUCAUUCGUGUACGUGGGCGGAACACCAAAGCUGUUGUCAAAAAAGUGGCGGUAA